CGCCCUGACGUUCAUAUUUGCCACAAAUCCACAUUGCCGCUGCAUUUCGUUGUCGAGUGAACAAACUUUUUGAUUUCUGUGUGUAAAAAUGGAACAGAAGCCACCAAAUGAUGGCCGAGCUUUCAAGCGGCCCAGCACUUCGAACAACUCAAUGCAGCAAUGCGAAAUGGAAAAACGCCGCAAGAUAAAGCGCACAGCUGAUGAGAUAUUCGGUGAAAUACAGGAUAUCAUUGAUAACACGCCAUCCUGCUCCAAAACGAAUGUUGUGGCGAUGAUCGCGGAGCCGCUGAUGUUGCGCUACGAUGAGGAGCUGGCCGAGGCCCUAAGCGACGAGGCAAAAUCAAGCAGCAACGAUAAGAACCCAGACAGCUGCCCAUCUGCCGCUCGGCAGGACGUGUCCACUGACAUGGACAUCGACGAGGACAAGCCUGACCGGGAUGCUGCACGCAACGGCCCCAAGUCUGACUUCACUGGCACUUGCAUCGGUAAAAGCUUCCUCAACAGUCGUUUCUAACGGCAAAUCAGGUGACGAAGCGACGCGACGCGACGCACACAAAUACUUACAACAGAAUGCCGCCAUGGACAGGGAAAUUUUGAAAUUAUUUCAUGAAAAAUAAUGCUACCACAUAAUCACAUCAAUAAAUACAUUGGAUGUAAGCUCUGUUUGUAUAUGUAACGAUGCUACAAUUAAAUAGCCAAAAAAAUACUCGCGAAA